AACUGACGCGAAACCUGGCCGAGUUUUAUUGUGUGGCCAACGGCAACUUCAGCGACAGCCAGCAGCUGGAGAAAGAUGAUGGCAGCCGUACCAAUAUCUAUUUAAAGAUGCAAUCUGUAGUAGCAUCUGCGUUGUCCAGGCUGCCAGUGUUAUAUGUGGAACAGUACAACGACGGAGUCCUGACCCGAGCCUUAGUCCACAUUGUGACGCAGGGAAACAACGGAGUUAUCUUCCUGGAUCAGUACAACCUGACGGGAGACUCACAAAUCAAAUCUGGGAGUUUCGACAUCGGCAAGAUUAAGACGUUGACCCCCAGAGAUCUUCAUAGACAACAAGAAUGUAAAGCCGCCUUUGAAAGGGUCGAACCAUUUCUGUUUUCUGUUAACUACGAAGUCUGUGAACGAGCUCCAGUAGACAAGCAACGAAAAUCCUACAGUGCCACAUUUAAGUGUAACGAAUUAAUUGUUGUCAUCAAUAGAGGGUCCCCGGAGAAGCCAUCACUUGUACCGUACCAGAUAAAGCUGCAGGGGUACAAGUACCCCUUGGAAAAUGCUCCUGCUAAUUAUGAUUGUAAGUGUGAUAACACAAGUGAUUGA